GAAGUCUUCGUAGGGUUGGCAGAGCCGUGGUUUCUUAGUACUUCGCGUUUCUUUGGACGGCUCGUCCGCCUACUGCCCAUGGACUCGUCGUUUCAGGCUCGCCUGUUUCCCGGUCUCGCCAUCAAGAUCCAACGCAGUAAUGGCUUAAUUCACAGUGCUAAUAUAAGGACUGUGAACUUGGAGAAGUCCUGUGUUUCAGUGGAAUGGACAGAAGGAGGAGCUACAAAGGGCAAAGAGAUUGAUUUUGAUGAUGUGGCAGCAAUAAACCCAGAACUCUUACAGCUUCUUCCCUUACACCCAAAGGACAGUUUGCCCCUGCAGGAGAAUGUAACGGUCCAGAAACAAAAGCGUAGAUCAGUCAACUCCAAAAUUCCUGCUCCAAAAGAAGGUCUUCGUGGCCGCUCCACUCGCAUGUCCACCGUCUCAGAGGUUCGUGUUACCACUCAGGAGAAUGAUAUGGAGGUGGAGCUGCCUGCAUCUGCAAACUCCCACAAGCAAUUUUCAGUUCCCGCCGGCCCCCCUAGGCCUUCCUGCCCUGCAGUGGCUGAAAAACCAUUGACAAUGGUCAGCGAGGAGGUGGAAGAGCAAGUCCAUUUCAUCCGAGGCAGCUCUUCUGCAAACCCUGUGAACUCAGUUCGGAGGAAAUCAUGUAUUGUGAAAGAAAUGGAAAAAAUGAAGAACAAGCGAGAAGAGAAGAGGGCCCAGAACUCUGAAAUGAGAAUAAAGCGAGCUCAGGAGUAUGAUAGCAGCUUUCCAAACUGGGAAUUUGCCCGGAUGAUUAAAGAAUUUCGGACUACUUUGGAAUGUCAGCCACUUACUGUGACUGAUCCUAUCGAAGAGCACAGGAUAUGUGUCUGUGUUAGGAAACGCCCGCUGAAUAAGCAAGAAUUGGCCAAGAAAGAAAUUGAUGUGAUUUCCGUUCCUAGCAAGUGUCUCCUCUUGGUACACGAGCCCAAAUUAAAAGUGGACUUAACAAAGUAUCUGGAGAACCAAGCAUUCUGCUUUGACUUUGCAUUUGAUGAAACUGCUUCAAAUGAAGUCGUCUACAGGUUCACAGCAAGGCCACUGGUACAGACAAUAUUUGAAGGGGGGAAGGCAACCUGUUUUGCAUAUGGCCAGACAGGAAGUGGCAAGACACAUACUAUGGGCGGAGGCCUCUCUGGGAAAGGCCAGAAAGCAUCCAAAGGGAUCUAUGCAAUGGCUUCCCGAGAUGUCUUCCUCCUGAAGAACCAGCCCCGCUACCGGAACCUGGGCCUGGAAGUCUAUGUGACAUUCUUUGAGAUCUACAAUGGAAAGCUGUUUGACCUGCUCAACAAGAAGGCGAAGCUGCGCGUGCUGGAGGAUGGCAAGCAGCAGGUGCAGGUGGUGGGACUGCAGGAGCACCUGGUUAACAGUGCUGAUGAUGUCAUCAAGAUGAUUGACACAGGCAGCGCCUGCAGGACCUCUGGGCAGACAUUUGCCAACUCCAACUCUUCUCGCUCCCACGCCUGCUUCCAGAUUCUUCUUCGAGCCAAAGGGAGAGUGCAUGGCAAGUUCUCUUUGGUGGAUCUGGCAGGGAAUGAGCGAGGUGCAGACACUUCCAGUGCUGACCGGCAGACCCGCAUGGAGGGCGCAGAAAUCAACAAGAGUCUCUUGGCCCUAAAGGAGUGCAUCAGGGCCCUGGGACAGAACAAGGCUCACACCCCAUUCCGCGAGAGCAAGCUGACACAGGUGCUGAGGGACUCCUUUAUCGGGGAGAACUCAAGGACCUGUAUGAUUGCUAUGAUCUCACCAGGCAUAAGCUCCUGUGAAUAUACUUUAAACACACUAAGAUAUGCAGACAGGGUCAAGGAGCUGAGCCCCCACAGUGGGCCCACUGGGGAGCAGCCAACUCAAAUGGAAACAGAAGAGACAGAAGCCAGCUCUUAUGGGGCCCUGAUCACAGGCAAUUUCUCCAAAGAAGAGGAGGAACUGUCUUCCCAGAUGUCCAGCUUUAAUGAAGCCAUGACUCAGAUCAGCGAGCUGGAGGAGAGAGCCGUGGAAGAGCUCAAGGAAAUUAUACAGCACGGGCCAGACUGGCUUGAGCUCUCUGAGAUGACUGAGCAGCCAGACUACGACCUGGAGAUCUUUGUGAACAAAGCAGAAUCUGCCCUGGCUGAGCAAGCCAAGCACUUCUCAGCCCUGCAAGAUGUCAUCAAGGCCUUGCGCCUGGCCAUGCAGCUGGAAGAACAGGCCAGCAAACAAAUAAGCAGCAAGAAACGGCCCCAGUGACACCUGCAAAUAAAUAUCUGUUUGGUUUCACACCCAGCCUCUUUCCCUUCCCCAUCCCUUCCCAGCAGGCUUUGGGCACCUGGUGGAUCUAGGUCAGGCUCUUGAGCUGGGGACAGGCUUUGGUGUCUCCAUGGCUUUUAGCAUUUGGGCCAAGGGCAAUUGUGGGUCAAAGCUAUGACAGGGGACAGUAUUUUCCUUUUCUUAACUGUUGCCCUCAAGAGAUUAAGAAUAGGAGAAGGGGGCUAUUAGUUACCCUUGUGUGUUGCUCUUCCUCUCCAUCAAGAGGGGAAGGCUUUCUGAUGUAGUUUUCCCUUCGGCGGCAUUCUGCCUGUGUGGACUGGCUAGUGGAGGAGGGCAUCCUGGGGUUGUCCUGGCUCUGGAGAGAGAGACUGAGCCUUUAGUCCAGCUCAGCUGACCCUGGCCUGCCUUCUACGCCUUUGGUCCAGUCACUGAUAUGUCUUUCUUAAAAUAAAAAAAAAAUUCCAGGACCUCAUUCUUCCUUGCUGUUUUUUUUUUUUUAGGCCCGAGUAUCCCUGCUGUUUUUGUUUA